CUCGCAGUAAUUUUUUCCUUUAGGUGAGUUUAAGACCAAGAUUAUUGGUUUUAUUACCAAAAGAAUAGACCCUUAGACCAAUUACCCCUCUACUUCCUCCCACCCGAAUACAUUCGGCGUUGUCCCGCAAUAAACCAAAGACACAGGCACAGACAAAUAAGUAAAAUACCUAGCUAACUCACCAUCCCACCAGCUUUGUCGCCGAAUAACCUACCACCCACCACCCCCAACAUCGACCGAAAGAGAUAGCUCUCAUCUUCACAACUAUGGCGGACGUACAGGAGAUUCUCAAGAAGAAGUUCGGUGGUGCGGCCCCGGCGCGAACUGGUGGAAAGGGUACCCCGAGACACAAGCAAAAGCGAAACGUCGCCCGAAGCGCCAACGACGACAAGAAGCUACAAGCUACCCUUAAGAAGCUGAACACCCAGCCUAUCCAGGCAAUUGAGGAAGUCAACAUGUUCAAGAGCGACGGAAACGUCAUCCACUUCUCUGCUCCCAAGGUCCACGCUGCCGUUCCGGCUAACACCUUUGCCAUCUACGGCGCCGGUGAAGAUAAGGAGCUUACGGAGCUCGUACCUGGCAUCCUGAACCAGCUGGGCCCCGACUCGCUCGCCUCUCUUCGAAAAUUGGCUGAGAGCUACCAGAGCAUGUCGAAGGAGAACAAGGAAGCUGAUGACGAUGAUAUCCCUGACCUAGUCGCUGGCGAGAACUUCGAGAGCAAGGUCGAAUAAACAACCCGACAAUACACCUUUACAAACGGACCAGACACCACACUUACUUCCUCUUCCCCUCCUUUUAUUUGAACGAUUCGGAAUGAAUAAUGCGAGAAAGAAAAAAAAAAAGGAAAGAUACGACGGAAACGGUAUGGCAUUUGGUUGAACCGGUUGAUGGUGGUUCUGUUUUUUUAUCUUGUCUCUCGCACAUCUCCCGCAAGAGAAAAAGGGUUGGGAAGGGAGUUUCUCGGUAGCCGCUGGUCCUUUGCGUUUAUGAAUGAAAAGGGGGGUAUUCCCAACGUCGUCACCUUAGGUAGUCUGGCAUGUUUGUUGUGUUGCUCCCCCUUUUCUUCCUCCUCGCGCGACACAAAUCAUGCCUUCGCCCCCAUUUCCUAACUAUAACAGCAACUUACGUUGAUUUUCGUCAAGUUAUGCUAGCGAGGUUAUCUAGGUACACCUAUUUUCGUGAGCAGCGUGGUAGUGAGGAAUCCGACGCUGCAGCCUGUACCAAAAAGAAGAAAUCUGUUUCAAACCCGUGG